UCAGUUCAACAGUUUGUGGUUCAGUCUUCACUUUUCAAGCGUUUUGUUCACUCGCGUGAAACUCGCGUCCGUGAAAUUUGCCAGCGUGAGGGAGGACGCGUUACAUCAUCAGCUCACCUUUAACGCAGGUGACACAGAACACCCGGAAGAACGCGCGCAUCGAAUAUCAUACGAGUCGCUUCAGUUUCCAUAAAGCCCAGAAGAGCUCAACAGAUCACAGUCAUGUCAGAGCUGAAGAAGAACAAGCUGUUUAUUGUGCUGAUGGAUGUUGUGUGUGUGCUCGUGGUGGCGAUGCCGUUCAUCAUAAUGACCAUCAUGUUCCGGCCGUACCAGCGUGGCGUUUACUGUGAUGACGAGACCAUUCGUUACCCCUACAGACCAGACACCAUCUCUCACAAGAUGAUGGCGGCCGUUACCAUUUCCUGCUCCAUCAUUAUCAUCACUUCCGGAGAGGCCUACCUGGUCUACACCAAACGGCUUUACUCCAAUUCUGACUUUAACCAGUACGCUGUGGCGCUCUACAAAGUGGUGGGGACGUUUCUGUUCGGCGCGUGUGUGAGCCAGUCUCUGACCGAUAUGGCCAAGUACACCAUCGGACGCUUACGGCCCAACUUCAUGGCGGUGUGUGCUCCAGAAGUGUGUGAGGGCUACAUGCUGGAGAUAAACUGCACGGGAACCCAUCGCAACGUGACAGAAUCCAGGCUGUCCUUCUACUCCGGUCACUCCUCCUUCGGGAUGUACUGCAUGUUGUUUCUGGCGCUGUAUGUCCAGGCACGCAUGGCAUCCAAGUGGGCCCGCCUCCUCCGGCCAACAAUUCAGUUCUUCCUGGUUGCCUUUGCCAUUUAUGUGGGAUACACACGUGUGUCUGACUACAAACACCACUGGAGCGACGUGGUCGUGGGUCUUCUGCAAGGGGCGCUGAUCGCAGUCCUCACGGUGCGAUACGUCUCUGACUUCUUCAAAGAGCGCCCGCCCCGCUGCCAGGAUGUCGAAAACGCUGAAAACGAAGACAGCGAACGCAAACCCAGCCUUCAGAUCGCAGACACGGACAGGAACAAUCUUUACUCCUACAGCAGGCCUGCAUGAGCCUGACCUUUGACCUGUGAGGGCAGACACUCCGAAACCACUGGAUGCUGCACCACGUCUCGUACAGACAGCCACACACACGCUGCUGCACACACACUGUACACUGGCACUGACCGCGCUCUCUUCCACAGGACAACACUCACAUUUCAGAGAGAGCAAGUGAAUGCAUGAACUAACACUGAAUAUUAGAUUUUAUACUCCUCUACAGACGGCUGACCGUGUUCGUACCGCUUUUUGUUUUAUGCACGCUCAAUUACGCCAAGUGCACAGAUCUGACAUCUAAUGAACCCUGAGGGACUUUAUUGUAUCGGAGCACAAAGACGAACUUUUUCAAGGGGAACUGGCCGUUUCCAUGACAACCUCAAAACCACCGGUUGACAUUUACCGACUAGAUGCACUUCUGCUGUUGGAAGCGAUGCUUUCGGCAUGGGAAAGAAAGUGAAGUCAUCAGAAGACAAGAGUGUGUGGUUCCCUGAGUAAGAAAUCCAGGACGAAAAGUAUGAACAUGGAACAGAUGCCAAAAAGGUCUUUCUUAUAUAUAAUAUAUACGUAUAUAUAUAUAUUAUAUAUAAAUGCAGUCCAUUUUUCACACUGGUAAUUAGAUAUUAUAUUCAUAUAUAUAAGCCACCACUUAUAUUCAUAUAUAUAAGCCACUUCUGAAAGCCACCUCUGUCAAAAAUGAAUAAUAAUAUUGAGUGUUUCAUCAAAUAAUUUCACUUCAAGCUCACAAAAUCCCAGCCUUAGCCCAUUCAGAAAUGUCGGUAGGCUACUUUAGUAGAAACUAGGAGCCUGAUAAAAAUGUUAAUAUUAAAAAAAAAAAAAAACAACGUUAGACGGACGGACUUGGAGGCUUUUGCAUUCUGAAGUCUUCAUAUAUAUAUAUAUAUAUAUAAACUGGAUUAUAGUGACUUUAUUUUUUGAUGUAACGAAAUGUUUUCCUGUGGCGGUAGGUUUAGGGACUUUAUAGCCUUUUAUAACCACAACAAUUUGGUGUUAUAAUAUCCAGACACAUCUGCAUAGCAUGAUUCAUUUUUAUAAAAUACUACUUUAUUUUAACAUUUUAUUUACUAAAGUCUUUAUCCAUGACAACUCUGCAAUCUCGUGUCGAUCUCGCUAUCUCAUAAGGACGACGUUUAUAAUUAGUACCACUAACUAACCAAGGCACAUGUGUGUGUAUGUAUGUAUGUGUGUAUAUAUAUAUAUAUAUAUAUAUAUAUAUAUAUAUAUAUAUAUAUAUAUAUAAAACACAUUUUGGAAAUCAAUCUUACUAACCAACCUGUCCACAAUAGGUAACAAAAAUAUUUACUAGCUGUAUAUGUAUAACAGCCGUCUGUCUCUGAACAUUAUUAUGACAUCCUAAAUAGGUGUAAAGUUAGAUUUCACUUCAGUGUAGUGUUAAAAUAACAGCCAAUCAUAAAGCUGUACGCAGAUUCUAAACCAAUGAGGUUUCACUAAGGGGCGGGGCUAACUGACGAUUCAAGUGGAAUUGCACCGUUGUGCAUCAUGCUGAAUCUCUCACCGACGCUAUUUAUGGAGGAAAAACAAUUCCUAUUUUAUUUAAAUAUUUUUUUCAUCCCCUCUUAUUAUUUUUAUUUUAAAGCUGUUGACAGUCAAUCCUUUAACCCCUGUACAACAGAACCUGCUGUCUACUGUGAGCUUCUAAUGCUGCAAUUUUUUAUGGACUCUAUAUUUAGUGACUAUGAAUGAUGUGUCCCUAUUUUUUCUUCUUUGUGGAACAGAGACUCUCUGUGACUCUGGUUUAGUCACCGAAAACCAGACCGCCUUAAAAUAAACGAGGACUGAGCUUAUAGUGACUUACACGGUGAAUGUGAAAGAUUGUGAUUCAUGUUUACACUUUUGCCUAUACAUAUGUAAAAUGCAUCUAUUGUUUAGUUGAGUGUCCUAAAGCAAUGUGGAGUAUUUUUGCAAGUUUGUGCAUAUACACGACUGUCUAAAACUUUGGGGUCAGUAAGAUUUUUUUUUUAAUGUUUUUGAAAGUUAUGCU